AUGGCCUCGCAAGGCUCUCCUCCGCCGGCCGCCGCCCACCCUGUGCCCCCUGCCGCCGAUGCGCUGGCGCGGACUGCCAGCGCCCCUGCUGCCCCGCCCUCGGGGCCCUUCACCCUACUGGACGUUCGCAACAGCCCCGUGCCGCUGAAGCUCACAUGGGCCAGGGAUGCGGUCUACCCCGCCGCCAUCUGCCUGCGCAAGGACUUGAGGGUGCUGUCGCUGGUCAAGUUCACCGCGAAGGCCGACCUCACGCUGCCCGACACCCGCCUCAUCUGCGGCUUCUCGGCCAAGGCAAGGCGCGGCCGCUGCUCUUCCUGCUUGUCUUCCCGUCGCCCGCUUGCCUGCCUGCUUGCCUGCCUGCUUGCCAGCCUGCCUGCCUGCCUUCAUGACACCAUCUUUCACGGCCGCUUCAGCCUCAACGUCCCAGCUCGCAUGGUGGAGUACAGGAAGAAGUUCCAGCUGCCAAACGGCACGGGGCUGGCGGUCAGCGCCGGGCUGCAGCACAUUGGAGGUGACUGGGACCUGUCCAGCCGCUCCCUGCGCAGCCAGUUCAAGCCGCUCGUGGCGGCGCAGUUCAACUUCGGCUCCAGCAGCGGCGGCAAUGUGGUGUUUGCGGGGGACGGCUUCAACGUCAAGCAGCGGGUGCCCAUCCCACGGCGCUGGGUGGGCAUUCCGUACCCUCGAUUCGAGCUGGAGACGUAUGCCACAAUCAAGGUGCCCCAGCUGACGACGCGCUACAGCCUGCAGCGGGAUGGCAUGCGGUCCGGCUUCCCCGACAGCAUCGGGGAGGAGCAGGAUCCGCUGCACCUGCACGUGGCAGCAGCCAACUUUGUGAUCCGGCUGUGAGGCCGGGGCAGGAGGAAGCGCUGGCAGCGCCACUCCUCUACUAUUCCAGUCCAACCCCAUUCUUUCGCUCUCUUCUUCAGUGCGUUGCGCUCGACUGGUGUGUUGUGUAAGUUGUGUGGGCUGGAG